UCUUAAGCGGACCCUACACGAGCAGAAAUAUUGACAAUAAACCAAUUAUUGAUCAAUAUAUUGAUCGUGGUCCGCUUUAGAUCAUCAAUUAGUCUGUGCACGCUGACGAAGUCGACUAGCAAGUCGACAUCAAAUGACUUUUACUGUGAGCCGUGUAUGUAAACAUUGUUUUUGUUUAACUUUGUCGUGCUUUCAACGAAAACAAGAGACGAUAGCUAACGUUGUUUAUAUUUUCAUGUGCAAGUUUUUUGCUCUCGUUCUGCGUUAAAGUAAUAAAAAUGACGCGAAAAUGUGUUGUUCCCGGAUGCGGAUCAUCGCACAAGUCAACAAAGAUGCGAUUUUUCCGUUUCCCAACAAUAAAAAGUUCAUCGCCGCUGCUUUCCAUGAGAAGAUUUAAUAGAUGGAUUACCAUGUUGGGAUUUAGAUCUCAUUACAAUCCUGUUGGACGUUUCGUCUGUAGUUUACACUUCAUAUCUGGUAAUCCAGCGAAAGAUACUGAUGUAUCUGACGUCGAUUGGGCUCCUACACUGAACAUCCCAAACAACUCCACAGAUACAUCUGACCUAGAACCCGUAAACGUAUCAAAUCAAACUUUGAUUAAAUGUUUACAUGUUGCAGGAAGCGGUUCCGUUGACAAACGUACAGAGAGUUAUGAAACCGACUGCACAAGCUUCGUGAAAAAUAAUUUCUGUGGAUGUGACGUCACUCAUAGUUGCGACAGUUUUGAAAGUUUCGCUGCACGGCUUCAUGAAGAAGAACCAGCCAGCGCCAAUCAACUGCAAAGCACUUUUGUCGAAUACUCGAAUUCCCCGUCAACGGUCUCUUCUGAAAUGGACAAAAAUUUACAUGACGAUAUCGUUUCAUCAUCAAAAACGCCUUCAUACGAUGAUACCAAUCCAGAGCGGACCUCCUCGGAAAUAAUGAACAUUGAGAAUCACGAAGCCAAGUGCUGUCUUUCUGGCAACAAUUGCUCGAUGACGCGAAAAUAUCGCGCAGAGCUAGCAGAAUUACAACAUCGUGUAACUUUUCUUGAGAUACAAUUGAAACGAGGUCUGGACUGGAUUGCCAAUGAUGAACGUGCGAGACUGUAUACUGGCAUUAAUAGUUAUGCAACUUUAAAAAGAAUAUUUGAAUAUGUUGAAGGAUCACUCUUCAAGCCAUCUUGCCAUUUGACGAAGGAUCAAUUGUUCAUUAUGACUUUGCGGAAAUUGCGUCGUGGUACUCCAUUUGUUGAUAUGGCAAAUGAGUACUCAGCAUCCGUAACGACCAUAUCCAAAUACUUUCAUCGAACGGUUUUGGUCAUGUACUCUUGUUUAAAGUAUGCUUUGGAACCACCUUCCCAGGAAGUCGGCAUUCGUCAUCUUCCACGUUUUUUCGGGAGACAUUCGGAGACAAACGAGUAUUCAUUAUUGAUUGUUUUGAAGUUGCAUGUGAAACUCCUACUGAUCCAAAGGCAGCGAAUUCUCAUCACAGCUUCUACAAAAUGAAACACACAGUGAAAUUUUUGAUUGCGAUGUCACCACACGGGGCAGGUUCUUUUAUAUCGGACGCUUAUGUUGGACGUUGUUCAGAUAGAUUUAUUGGCCAAACUUCCGGUUUUCUAGAAUUGUUGGAGCCUGGUGAUGUGGUGCUUGCCGAUAAAGGUUUCGAUUUUGCUGAUUUAAUCGCUUUCCAUGGCGCUACGUUGAACAUACCGACUUUUGUGAGGAGAAAUCAGCAAUUGAAUCCUCUUGAUAUGGAGAAGGAUAAGCAAAUCACUUCGUUAAGGGUACAUGUGGAACGAAUCAUUGGUGUCCUAAAACUAAAAUAUAUGUAUUUGCAAGGUACUGUUGAAGCCACAUCUCUCCAAAGAUUUGAAAAUAACCAAAAUGCAGUAGAUCUCAUUGUUAAACUUUGUUGUAUGUUAGUAAACCUGACUGGUUCGAUAGUGUGAAGUU